AUGAUUGAUGACCGCAUUGUGACCCUCCGCGUUGGAGAUACCUCGAAUGGCUCAACUCGUGACUUCUCCAUCCACGAGGCCAUUCUCGCAGAAUACUCUCCAUAUUUCCGAGCCGCAUUAGACGAGAAGUGGCGAGAGUGCAGUCGAGUCAUGGAGCUGCCGUUCGACGAUAUCGAUAUCGUUGCGGCAUACGCUCAUUGGCUUUAUUUCAAACGCGUGGCCUCGAAGCUUAUCUCUCCGCCAAAACUUUCAAUGGACGACGGGGAAUUCUUGAUGUUAGCACGGCUGUACUGUUUUGGAGAGAAGGUCCAGGACGAAGCCUUCUGCGACGGUGUCAUAACCGCGAUGACGCUCAAGACCUACGAUGUUGCAGAGGACGGCACGAGGAUUUUUCCUGGUCAUUGCGCUGUUAUGGCUCUUUACAAUGGUACGACAAAGAAUUCGAUUUCUCGGAAAUUUAUGGUCGAUAUGUAUUGCGAGUUUGGUAUGGAUCUGUGGAUUCCUGAGGAGGCGGAGUUGAAUCAUCCCGAGUUCCUCGCUGAUUUGGUUCGGGCUUUUCUUGGUGGGCGGAAAUCUAUCGUUCCGCACAUGCAAACUAAUUUUCCUCGGAGACGAACUUGGCAUAAGCGGCAGCAGAGCCGGGAUGGAGUUAGUACUGGGGUUUAG